CGGCCGCGCCGGGAGACGGCCCGCCGGGCGGGACACUCCCCCGGGACCCCCUAGUGCCUGGAGGGGGAGAGGGGACGAAGGGUGAGCCCUCGGCCUCAGUUCCAGGUGGACAAUACCGUGUUUCCACAGUUGUAUCCAUUACUCGGUGCUCAUCAGGGUAGCUUGGACUCCCGUGCGGUGUUCGUAGGAGGGAUGACAGGGGGUUCCUUGCCGCCUUCCUCUGCUUCAGGGACAUCGGAUUUCUCAGCACUCAGCAGCACGAUGACUGGUGGCUUUUCCACCCUUCCUUUAAGCACGACCACAGUUCUCUGCAGCGGCUGUCAGCACAGCCUGUUCUUAACCAGAGUCUGACAAAACUAAUGUCACUUCUUUACUGUCCUCUUACAUUCAGUCAGUGUUCAUAUUUCCUAGAUUGCUCAGAACUGCCCAGUGUCCACAUGUUGCCUUGGGUUGCUGUACAUCUAGAGUCCUUUUAUUUCCACAAGUAAUAAAAUAAAUAUCCUGUUAACCUGUUGAAAGCUUCACAUUUUAAAAAGAUUGAACAUAUAUUAAUUCUUCAGUAUUUCAGCGCGAUUCAAUAACAGUUUAUUUUCCUCAUGUGCAGAAUUAUGAUCAUAGCUAACACUGUUCAUAAUAGUUCUUUAACACCAUCUGACUCCCAGUUCAUCUUGAAGUGUCCUUGGUAAUCCUCCAGAUGCUUCCAGUUUAUCUGUGCAAAACAGAACCCAGCCGAAGUGUAGAGGGGCAUCUGAAGGACGGUUUUCUUGUAAGAAUCUUUGCGUGGAGGAAAGGCUUCCCUCCCCUAUUUCUUCAGGAUACUGGCUCGCUGAAGACCUGGGGCAUUUGCUGACGGCCUCUUCAGUUUCAGGUCUUGUUUCAAAUCGUGGGAACUCAGUUGUGGAUAUAUAAAUGAGGGGGGCAGCCAGAUGACGGUGUCCACCCUGCUUCACGUCCCCCCAGAUCGACAUUCUGGAUUGGAGUGGGGACCUCGAGGACUCUCUCUGUUUGGACUUCCUUGGACUCGUCCCUUAGCUUCGUGGCAGAUGUGACGGGGAGUUUGUUUUCCCUGUGACAGGCCACUUUGGCUCUCGACGUGAGUGCUCUCCUGGGGGACUCUGAGGCCCUGUCCUGCUUCACAGAGUCCCCACACUGAUCGAAGUCUCACCCAGCAUUCGGGGCCUGGAAGCUUCGAUUCCCAGCUGGAGAUUGAGGCUGAGCCUGCUGCGGGCCUUUUUAACAGGACAUUGGUUAAGAAUGGGCUGCUCUUCUGACGCCCCCUGCAACCUGCCUUCCUCCUCUCCCCUCACCCCUGCUGGCUGGGAGGCUAAUGGACAGGUGCUCCUCCCAAGCGCCCCCUCACCUUUCUUCUCUUUCCCCAGCUCUACCUCUACAACUUGACUCUUCUCUAGAAAGAGCACUCAGCUGACCAGGAAUAUGGCCCCAGGGCUCCUGAUGACCAGGGAUGAGGCAUUGAUGGCCUUCAGGGAUGUGGCUGUGGCCUUCACCCAGAAGGAGUGGAAGCUGCUGAGUCCUGCCCAGAGGACCCUGUAUCGGGAUGUGAUGCUGGAGAACUACAGCCACUUGGUGUCGCUGGGAAUUGCCGUUUCCAAACCCAAACUCAUCACCCAGCUGGAGCAAGGGGAUGAGCCCUGGAGAGAGGAGAGCGAAUGUCUUCUGGACCUUUGUCCAGCAGAACCGGGGACAGGAGUCCUGCCAUGUGGCUGUUCCUGCCGGGUGGCAUUUUCCAGGCGGCAGUUCCUUGAACAGUAUGUGCUGUGUGGUCACCUUCCUCAGAUCUUCCCACGCUCAGAUGCAGGAAGCUCCGUCCCAGUGGACACUCCAGGCUUCUCAAGUGAACAAGGUGACACCAGCGCUGGAGGCAGUGGCCAGGGGAUGUGUCCUGCGGAGACAGACCCUUUAGUGUCUGGAGCUGCCACGUGUGGGAAAUCCCGGCCGGGACGUGGUCCCAAACCCAGCCUCUUGAGCCUCCAGAAGCAGCACGUAUGCCCUGAGUGCGGCCGAGGCUUCGGCCAGCGGUCAGACCUGAGCAAGCACCGGAGGACACACUCGGGGGAGAAGCCGUUCGGCUGCGGGGAGUGCGGGCGGGGCUUCGGCCGCAGGGCCUCCCUCACCGUCCACCAGAGGACACACUCGGGGGAGAAGCCGUACCUGUGCCGGGAGUGCGGCCGCCGCUUCCGCUACACGUCCUCGCUCGCCAGCCACCGGAGGGUCCACUCCGGGGAGAGGCCCUUCGGGUGCCAGGAAUGCGGGCGGGGCUUCCGCCAGAAGAUGGCCCUCGUCCUGCACCAGCGGACACACCUGGAGGAGAAACCCUUCGUGUGUCCCGAGUGCGGGAGAGGCUUUUGCCAGAAGGCAUCCCUCCUGCAGCACCUCAGCUCACAUUCCAGCGAGAGACCCUUCCUGUGCCUCGAGUGUGGGCGGGGCUUCAGGCAGCAGGCGCUGCUCCUCAGCCACCAGGUCACACACUCGGGCGAGAAGCCUUACGUCUGUGCCGAGUGCGGGCAUGGCUUCCGCCAGAAGGUCACCCUCGUCAGACACCAGAGGACGCACACGGGGGAGAAGCCUUACCUGUGCCCUGAGUGUGGGCGGGGCUUCAGCCAGAAGGUCUCCCUCAUGGGACACCAGAGGACGCACACGGGGGAGAGGCCUUACCUGUGCCCUGAGUGUGGGCGGGGCUUCGGCCAGAAGGUCACCCUCGUCAGACACCAGAGGACGCACUCGGGAGAGAAGCCUUACCUGUGCCCUGAGUGCGGACGUACCUUUGGCUUCAAGUCGCUUCUCACCAGACACCAGAGGACACACGCGGGGGCGGCGGCUGACGUGAACAGAGCAGGUGAGCAAGGACUGGGCCCGGAGUCCCACUUCCCCUCCGACCGGAGGCCCCACUCCGGGGAGAAGCCGUGCGUGUGCGGGGAGUGCGGCCGGGGCUUCAGCCAGAAGUCCCACCUCCACAGACACCGGAGGACCAAGUCUGGCCACCGCCUCCCCCUCAAGAGCUGCUCUCCUGACCUUCCCGUUCCUCACGAGGGUGAAGAUGGCAGGAAGCGCCAGGAAACGUUCCGCUUUCCUCAAGUGCAGUAGAGGGGAAAAAUGUGUUCUUUCAAUGAUCAUAAUUAUGGUUUAUCUUCUGUGGGAGCAAUGUGCUUUGAUUUGCUAAAGCUGCCAUUCAAAAAAUACCACAAACUUGAUGGCUAAAGAACAGUUUUCACACAGUUUUUGGGACUAAAGUCCAGGAUCAAUGUGUACACUUUGGUUUCUACUGAAGCCUCUCCCCUCAGCUGCAUUCUGUGUCCUCAGGUGGCUUUUGUGUGUGCACUUUCCUGGUGUCGCCCCCUCUUCUAAGGACACCAGACUUACUGGGUUAGAGUCCCCAUUCUGUGACCAAAUGAGGUUGCCUUGGGGGUUCUGGCUUCAAAGUAUGAAUCUGGAACAAUUUGGUCCAUGACACGCCACCCUCCAGACCCCCAAAAUUCAUGUUCUCACCACAGAACAUUCUUCGUUCCAGCACUGACUCUGUCCAGACUCUCGGGUAAAUCCGGUGUGGGUGAGGCAGAGCUCCCCGCCAGCUGAGUCUGUGAGCCAGACAAGUCCCCUCAGAUGCAGAGUUCACAUUCCCUUUCCACAAGGGGAAAGAAGACAAAAUUGAUGGGUCCUGAGCACGUCUGUGAAGCAAAUUCUAUUAGGUUGUACAACUCGAGAAAACUCUGGUUGGAUGCUCUGUGCCGCCGCGGGAACGGCGGACCUGAUCCGAUUCCCCACGAGGGGCCGGCGGCUGGCCCUCCCUGUGUCCCAUCCGCAUGUCCUGAGGUGACCGGCUCAAAACUAACCUCCAUCAAAUGUUGAUGGUCCGGCAACAGCACUGGCAUCCUCUCCAGAGCAUGCUUUCUCAUUGCGCAAUAUAGAAGGGCUGAGAAUUCUCUAAAUCUUCAAGUUCUGGCUUCUUUUUGCUACACAGUUCCUUUGAUUCGCUUCCCUCAUCGCAUUUUUCUAUGAGAAGAAACAGUUUACACCUUUCAUCACUUUGCUAAGAAUCUGUCACUCCUGUUACCUAAGAUUUCUACCUCGCACCAAAGACUGGGACACAGCCCAGACACACACUUUGCUGCUAUACACAUAAAAUACACACAGAACGAAGACCGCCUUUCCUUUAGCUCCUGCUGACGUUCUAAUUCGUGUCUGAGGCCGGGGCAGAGGCACCUCAAACCUCUUCCACCCUCCACCCGCCACCCGGUUCCAAAUCCACCUCCGUAGUUUCUCGUAUUUACUCGACUAGCACACCGCGGUCAGUGCCAAAACUGCGUUCUUCUGUCACGGCUCGCCGUAACGACAGCAGAGACAGAAAGUCCGAGAUCACCCUGACCUACGGAAGCCUCACCUCCGGGCUGGCAGCCGGCGCAUUCUCCUCCCUGCACAUGUGCCAGAGAGCGAGUGGGCUCUGCGGUUUCCCGGUCUUGUAAGGAUGCCAGGCCCGGCAGAUCAGGGCCUCAUCCUCACAACAUCAUUGAACUUUCAUUACUUCCUUAGGUCCUGCCCCCAAACACUGUCACAUUAGGAAAAGGGCUUCAUCAAGGAUUUGGGGGGAAAAUUGAGUUCAUAAUGCUUUACUUUACUUUACUCCCCCCAAAUUCCUAUCUGGCCUUCAACCCCUGCCGUAAAGGAUCCUAACCUUUCUCUUCCCAGGAGUGUGAAGCCAGCAGGAAGCACUGGGCAGUGCUGCACUUUCCUGAAGCGGAAUGCAGGGGGCACGCUGGUCCUUUCAGUGGCUGAAGGGAGAGGGGAGCGGGACAGGGCUGUCUUCUAAGGCCUCUGCCGCCUCUACACCUGGAGGCCCAGCUCCCUUUCCGGCGGGCACCACAGGGACCCGGACACAUUAGCAGCUCAAUCUGUGAGGCUCUUCUCUCUCUCUGGGGCCAGAGCAUCCCUUCCAUCUAGAGACACCAAGCAGCCUGUUUCCGGGAAACUCCUUCCACACUCCAACACCAGCAGCGAAACGUGAGAGGAACAGCGGUACCAGAUAAGCCAAGCGGACCUAAAGAGCGCUGCAAGAGUUCUGGCGGCGACACUGUCACUGGGUCAAACAGGGCCCAAAAAAGUAGGCUGCCGUCCGGGAGCCAGCCCUCGCACAGGGGACUGCUUCGUCUCUGUUCAAAUGAGAGGUGUGAAGAGGACCCAGAGCUUAACAACCGCUAAAUGUACAGAAUGCAAUGAAAAGUUACCAAUCACUUCAAGAAGCAGGAAAUCCCAGCUUCAAUGAGAAAAGGCAGUCAACUGACACCAAUGCAGAGAUGAGCGGGACAGUGGAACUGACAGGGAUAUUAAAACCAGCAGUCACACGUUCUCUGGAAACAAAUGAAAAAAGUACAGUAUCAGCAACAACAAAAAACAAGUUACACCAAAGUUCAAGUGGAAAUUACUAAACUAGAAGAGAAAUUUAAAAACUAACUGGACGCAUGGGGGAAGAGUUGAUAUGGCAGAAAAUGGAACUGGGAGAAUUUGAGGGCAGAUCAGUUAAAUUUAGCAUAUCUGAACAAUGGAGAAAAAAAGACUGGAAAAAAAAAAAAAGCCAGAAUCUCUGGAACAAGAACAAAAAACAGAUCACAUUUGUGUCAUCAGAGUCCCAGAAAGUGAGAAAGAAGUAGAAUUGAGAAAAUAUUUGAAGAAAUAUUUUGAGGAAAUGCCCCGAAACAUCCCAUAUUUGCCAAGAGACAUAAAUAUACAGAUUCAAAAAGUGAACACCCAAUAAAAAUCCACACUAAAUAAAACUAAGAAAUCCACACUAAGACAUCAUAUUAAAAUUCUGAAAUCUAAAGGAAAAAAAAACUUGAAACCAACCCCAGGGAAAUUACUACCUACCUACAGGAGACAGCAAUUCAAAUGGUAGAUUUCUCAGGAAGUCAUGGAGGCCACAGGGAGGUGGCACAUUUUUCUUCAAGUGCUGAAAGAAGAUUGUUAACUGUGGAGUGAAGAUCUACCGAAACUGUCCCUCAAAAAUGAUGGCAGAGUUAAGCACAUUCCCAGUGAAAGAAAACUAAGACUUUGCUACUAGCAGCCCUGACCUUGAGAAAUGGCUAAGAGGAAAUUCUUCAAAUAGAGAAAAUGAUAAAAGAAAUACUAGAGCAUCAGGAAGGGAAAAAAAAUCAUGGAAAGAGCACAAUCUGACUAUAAAAUGGCCACCCUUCUACCCA